AUGGCCAUGCCUGUGGUAGGAACUGUGUGCGGCCCGAUGCCGAUGGUGUGCCAGGCCCCUGUUGCUUUCGUCGUGAACAUGCAAGGAGCUCUCCCCGGAUCCGUCGUGAAUGUACCAGGAGGGCAUCCGAUGGCGUUCGCUCCGAACGCUGUGCCAAUCAUGGUGCAGCCGGUGCAGCAGCCGGUUCAGCCAAUGCAGCAGACACCGCCAGUGCAGCGACUUCAGUUCCAGGAUGUGCAUUCGGAGCCCUCAAGCCUGUCGCCCACGCCUUCCGAGAAGAGCUUCCGCCGGGAAACAACCGGGAGCACCAUCGCAUCAGCGUUGUCAACAUCUUCAUUUGGAUUGUCGGAGUCUGACAGAUCCAUGAGCCCGAUUGAGUCGCCAACAGAAGGAGGGCAAGGGUUCUCCGUCCAAGGCCGCGUGUGGCAGCUCUGCCAACAGCAGACGGGAUGCCGUCGUGUUCAAGCAGCACUCGACGAGUGCGGCUCCGACCAGGAGCGAAAGGCCCUGGCGGAGGAGUUGCUUGGACAUGUUUGGGAAGCCGCGCGUUGCCCCUUCGGGAACUAUGUCCUUCAGAGAUUCAUCACACUGCUUCGCCCGAGCGACUGCCAGUUCAUCAUCAAGGAGAUCUCUUCACAUGGAGGCCGAGCCCCCACACAGCUCGCCCGGCAUCGCUACGGAUGCCGUAUCCUGCAGCGCCUGCUGGAGCAGUGCCGGCCAGAGCAAAUGGAGCCCGUGACAAACAGUCUCCUGAAGGAGGCUCUUCAGCUCGUCCGGCAUCAGUACGGCAACUUCGUGAUGCAGAGGAUCCUCAGCCAUGGAACGUCCGCCCAGCAGCACUUGCUCUGCCAAGUCCUCGAGCCUCAUGCCCGUGAUUUGACCACAGACCAGAACGCCAGUGCCGUGCUGGCAAAGGCAUUGGUUCAUUGCAGGUCGGAAGACAAGGCGAGCCUAGCCAGGCGACUUCUCUCGCAGCCUGGGUUGCUCCUCGCCUCGUCAAAGACCCGGCACGGCCAUCAGACUGCUCUGGCGCUGAUCCGUGCCCUGGAAGGGGACGAGCUCCUUGAGGCCGUGAACAUGAUGAAGUGCAACAUGGCAUCGCUCAUGCAAUGCCGCUACGGACGGGUCGUGUUGCGAGGCAUCCCGGCCUUGGGUGAGUGCGCUCUGCCUCGUGAAGAGGACACCGACUCCUGA